AUGGAGGAGGAGGAUCCGGUUGUUUACGAGCAGGAGGCUGUCGCUCUCGCCGGUGACGCUCGUGGAAAGCACAGGAUCCUUGCAGAGCUUGGUCGCGUUGAGCAGGAAGUCAGAUUCUUAGAGAAAGAGUUGGAAGAGCUCGAGCGGACAGAUAGUGUGUCAACCGUGUGUGAGGCGUUGAUCUGUGUCAUUGAGAAGGAACCCGACCCUCUGUUGCCACUAACGAGUGGACCUUUGAACUUGGGAUGGGACCGGUGGUUUGAAGGACCGAAUGGAGGAGAAGGCUGCAGAUGUUUCAUACUAUGA